AUGAUGGUAGCUCAAGAAGGCAUCCAAAGGGAUCGCAUUGAUCCCAAAUCUUAUAUGCCUUGUGUCUGUAGUACUGAGAGAGGGGGGGAAACGAGAGUAUAUUGGUGGACAUUUCUCCAAGUACAAUUAGUCUUACAGAUUCUUCCUUCUACAAUGAUAAAAUCUGCAAGAUCAAGCUUCAAUGGUGGUUUAAGGACGAAGAAGAGGUACCCAAGACGAAAAUUUUGGGGUUACCUUAAUUAUCAGGUGGAAGGAGGCAACUGUGAUUUUUUCAAAUGGGUGGAUGGCGAAUUAGAUCAAGAAAUGGAGAUGUCUCAUACAAAGCAGAUCGAGCCAUUGUUAGAAGUGAUCAUAGGGUUGUUAGUGCUUAUAUUGAUGAUGGUACCAAUAAUGGUUAAUAAGAUGUAGUUUUGUUUUGCAAUCUGUUUAUGGUAAUGUAUGAAGGGUAAUGAAUACCUUUUUCAUUUAUUGGCAAUGUAUUAAGGGUAAUCAAGAAUUGUUACAUCUUUUUAAUGUAUUAGUAUUAAUGGUAAUUAAUUGCUAUGUUAUUUAUAUGUUACACUUGAUCUCUUGAUAAUGGUAUGGUAUUAAG